CUUGUCGUUCUACAAUCAUCAUGGCUUUACCAAAUGCACUUGGAAAAUUAAUGGUACCCGCCGCUAUCGGUAUUUCUGUACUACAAUCUUCAAUAUACGACGUACCCGGUGGCUUUAAAGCUGUCAUGUUCGAUAGAUUCUCUGGUGUUAAAGAUAUCUCUAUAGGCGAAGGUACACACUUCCUUAUCCCUUGGCUCCAAAGGGCUAUCCUCUACGAUUGUAGAAUCAAGCCACGCAAUAUCGCAACAACAACUGGUUCAAAGGAUUUGCAAAUGGUUUCACUCACUUUGAGAGUUUUGAGUAGACCAGAUAUUGACAAAUUACCUACAAUUUACAAAGGUUUGGGUUUGGACUACGAGGAGAGAGUUUUGCCUUCAAUUGGUAAUGAAGUACUUAAAGCUAUCGUCGCUCAAUUUGACGCUGCUGAAUUGAUCACACAAAGAGAAGUCGUCUCCAGUCGUAUACGUGAAGACCUCCUCAAAAGAGCGAGUGAGUUUAACAUCAAAUUGGACGACGUUUCCAUCACACAUAUGACUUUCGGCAAGGAGUUCACAAAGGCCGUAGAACAGAAGCAGAUCGCUCAACAGGAGGCUGAGAGAGCGAGAUUCAUCGUAGAAAGAUCCGAUCAAGAGAGGAAGGCUAACAUUAUCAGAAGUGAAGGUGAAGCAGAAGCUGCAGCUACUGUCUCAAAGGCCAUGGAUAGAUACGGUGAGGCUUUACUCACACUUAGAAGGAUUGAAGCAUCAAAGGAUAUCGCUACUAGAUUGUCCAAUGGCAGCAAUCAAAACGUCACCUUCCUUCCUUCAUCUGGUUCUGGUGGACAAAGUAAUGGAAUCUUACUCAACAUCCCAACCGAUAACAAUUCACGAGUCUAAUAUAAAUUAUUUCAUACAUCAUUUUCUACUUGAUUCGUCUGAUAAAUACUACAUUACAUAUACAAUAAAUCUUAUAUAACUCUCUGUCGUUUACUCCUCUCUUUUUCCUUUUCGGCGAUGAAUGCAUCCCUAUCAAUAUCAUCCUGCUGUCUAUACCUAUUAUCAACGUCCUCAUCAUCGCGCUUCUUUUUCGGUUUGUCUUGCAAUGUGGUAUCCUCGUCUUUUAACGUUUUAUACUUUGUUUGUUUCGUCUUACCAAAGUCUCUGACUUGCAUAACUUCUGGCAGUUUACCCAGAUCAACUUGAUUCAUCGUAGGUCCAGAAAGAUCUCUCUUGAGGACAUCGAAAUCCUGAUGGAAAGCACCUUUAUGCCAGAAUUUCUGCAUGUAUGUACCACCUUGUCUAUCUUUAUAUUUAUCUUCACGCUUUUGCUUCGCGAGUUCCAUGUCCUCUUUAAGACGCAACUCUUCUGGCAUAGCACGUCUACGUUCAAUCUCUGCUAUCUCUUCGUCACGU